CUUUCAGGUGUCAUCCACUCAUAGGUUGUACUGUAUUUUUGUGGGAUUUUGACCUUAUUUUAUUUUUGGAACAAUGGCUAACACAUUGAUUGUGACAUUCCUCCUUUGUGUUGCUGCAACAGUUACAGCAACCGAGGACCUUAAGACUCCAACAACACUAGAGCCUUCACCAUCUACAUCAACCACAGAAGUUACAAAUGCAACAACACUAGAGCCUUCAACAUCUAUAUCAACCACAGAAGUUACAACUGUAACAACACUAAAGCCUUCAAUAUCUACAUCAACCACGAAAGUUACAACUACAACAACACUAAAGCCUUCAACAUCUGCGCCAAGUUCAACAGCUACUCACCUAACAGGAAGUCCAACAACAAACGGUUCGACUGUUUCACCGAACACAGGAUCUUCCCAAACAAACGCUCCCUCCACAGCACCAGUACCUACAACUCUAAAACCUCCAGGUCCUUGUGCUUCAAACCCAUGUCCUGCUGGAAGCACCUGUGAAGAACGUUUCAACCAGGCUUUCACUUGCUUGUGUCGUCCUGGUGAAGUUUAUAAUGGUCUAUUCUGUAUGAGGGUCAAGGUCUUCCCUGGACUGCUAGUCUGGAAGAAAGAAUUUGAGCCUGAAAUGGCUGACAAAACAUCACAAAAAUUUUUGGAUACUUCAAAUAUUAUUAAGGAUGAGGUUCGUGAACAGUUUAAAGAUGAAACAGAAUUUAUUGGACCUGAAGUGCUGGAGCUCCGGAGAAAAGAAACAAAAGAGAGGUCACAGUCAAGCAAUAUUGAAGCAUCAAUACAAAUUAUCUAUGACCGAACUGCUGAAAUCACUGAAGAAGUUGUAAAAAAGAAAAUGGGAGGCAUUCCAAUGGCAGAGAGCUUUGCAGCCAAAAGCCUUUGUGACUCCGAUACAUGUGACUCUUUAUCUACGAAGUGCAGUUCUGCAGACGGCAGUUUCACAUGCAGCUGUGGCGAUGGCUUUAUUGAAACAAAUUUCAGUGACAGAUUAUGCGUGGCUCGAUGUCCCGCUGGUCAAAUAUACGUGAACAACCAAUGCAAAUCAUGUGACUUUGGUUAUGCUGGUCCUGACUGCAAGGACAACAGGUUGUUGAUCGUCGUGAUCAUUUGCUCAAUCCUCGGAGGUCUGCUGAUCGCUGUGGUGAUCGCUUUGCCAUUGGUACUAAAAAAAUCCAAGAAGAAAAGCUCCAAGAAAAAAGAGGAAGACAUUGGGAUACCCUAUCAAAGUCAUUCUAUUGCAAAGGCCCCACUGUCCUACAGCAAUGGCAACAGCAACGACUUUCCUGCUUCAGUUAAAGAGCCGACAAACAGCCUGGCAAAUUCUGGGGCCCCUCGAAUCCCACGGGCCACAGCCAACAGCAACUGGGACAGCAGGACCAACCUGGAGAUGACUCCGAGCAACAGUCGGCAAAACCUGAUUCCUUCGGGGAGAAACUCGCGAUUCAACGACAACCAAGAUGACAUGUACUCGUUCUCCCAGAAUCGACCCAAGAACCACACUUACGAGGAGUUCCAACCCAAGAGCAACCCUUAUUCCCAGAACCGAGCCUCAAACCCUUACCCUCAGAGCCGAGGCCAGACUAACCCUUACUAUAAUUAAGGAGAGGGAAGCUGAAUCACUUCAGGGGUUCCUAUUAUGGUGUUUUUUUCCCAAGUGACUGCAAUUCAUUGGAAGCCCCUUGAUGUAAAAGAUGUAAUCAGAAGCAUAUCAGCUAAGAUGUGCAAUGUAAUGUAGUAGAUAUUAUUGUAUCGUGUUCCUUUACUACUUUUAGCUGUUAUUGUGUGACUUCUACUCUAUAAGCUGUUAUAAACCAAUCUGUCUUUAGUUCUUUAAGUCUUUUUAAUUCUUGUAUUCUGAGUCACCCAUAGUUCUGUAUGCUAAUUGAACAUGAGUCCAUAAUUUACACCAUAUUUAAUUUUCUUUGUGUUCAUCUAGGAAUUUACUACAGUUUGUUUUUUGCUCUGCAUUUUAACUUGAGUCUCAGUUUUAUGUUUAACUAAGUUUUGGUAAAUGAGAUGAGCUGAAAAUGUUUCCAAAUUAGAGAAUGUGAAGAUGUUCAUCAUCUUUCAAUAUAUUUUCUAUAGCGGUAAAAUCAUUUAUAAUAUAAUUCCAAUAGUUAAUAAUAUUUAGCAAUGCUUGUAUCAUUUUUCUUUUCGUAUUUCCUCAUGUGAUAUUGUAUUUAACUAAAAAGCUGUAAAUCAGAGAUGAUCUGUAUUACAUAUCUAUACUAGCAUUUUUA